CACACACGGCGCGGGGACAACUCGACUGGGCAUAAUAUAAUAAUUGCAGAGUGCACUUUGUGUUAUGUGUUAUGAAAACGGAACGGAGGACUUUUAAGCCCCACCUCUCGUGAGCGUUUCUUCUUAUUUUUGUACAGUUUACUUACCAGCAGACAGCUGAAACGGGUCCCACUGGUACACAACAACUCCAUGGUCUCUCCCAACACGUCGGUGAUUCAGGUAACCCCAUCUGAAGUGUAAAUCUUUGGGAAACUUUGCGGGGGCAAGUGUUCCAAUCGUGAGCUGUGCAGGUCGCCGUCGUAUUCUUCAUGCAACAAGUGUCAACUACAAGCAAACGGCGGACAGUUACACGUAAAUCCAGCAACGGUACAUGGUACCGUAUGGCCGUGUAUUGUGUGUGGUGAUCGAUCCGCGAGAAAGACACAACAUCAUGAAGACCAAUGUAACACAUUUUGUGUAUUAAAAUAAUCAUCAAUAGAAACCAAAUAUCAACUGUUGAAACUAUGGAGGUUUACGAAGCGAAAUAUGACUACGUGAGAGAAAGAGACGAUGUGCUGAGUUUUACAAAAGGUGAAAAGUUCCACAUUACGAGCAAGACCAAUGAGAAGUGGUGGGCGGCCAAGAAGGUGUCCGACAACAGCCAUGGUUAUGUGCCGUCUGUUUAUUUACAGCCAUGUCAAGAGAAAGUCAUUGGCAGACUGUUACCAGAAGGAAGAUUAGAUACGAAAGAACACAGAAUCCAUCUCCAAGCGUUAGCAGAAAUCCACAAGAAGGUGAAACCAUUGCCGGUGCCCACGCACACGCAUACAGGGCUACGCUUAGAGGGCCUGGCGAGGGACAAGCAGCCAUCACAACACGCUCGCUCUCUCUCGCACAAGGGGGUCCCCGUGGGCGUGGGUAAAACGCCCUCGCCCACCUCCCCUACUUUACCCACACCGCCACCCAUGUCGCCAAAUCGUCUUCCCAGUUACAAGAAACACAGCUGGCCACACUCGUGUGGUGUCGAGCUACCACCGGCAUACAACCAGCAGCCCCUUCAUCAUAUGUCACCUCCACCCAUGGCCAGUCCACCCCCUCCUGACUAUGACAUGGGCGACUCCAUCAAAGACCAGAAUGACAUGCCCUUCCAUCACAUGUUGAACUCCUCGGGGAGAUUUUCCUCACUGUCAUCAGAAGAAUCUAAUGAUCGCUCGCCCACGUCGCCCGGUGGGGAUGAUGCUUUCCAGAUCAAACCAAAACCUCUGCCUAAUCCUGUCAAGGAUUCAAGGGAGCAUAAGCAACUUCAUCGGGAACUUAGAAUGAGUUACAAGUCUGGAAAUGUUCUACCUCAGAAGCCAGAGCUUAUGGUUGUCCAUCGAGAAAGAAAACUGGAAGAGAAGAGGAAAGAACAGCUCCGUGAACAGAAGUCAAGACGUACAAGCAUGGAGAUCAAGUUACUAGAACGACAGGAGAAGGAACGAGUUGAGGAAGAGAAAGAGCAGAGGAUGAUGAAAAUGAAGGAGAAUGAGGCAAUAGCCGAAGAAAGAAAGCCAGAAUUCAUGAAAGUGCGACUUAAGCAGACAAACUCGCUUCCUAGAUCAUAAUACAGGCUGAUGUGUAAUGCCUGC